UUUUAGAUUAUUUCGUUGUGUCAGGAAUUAAAAAAAAAUGAGCAAUUAUUCGCAUUCAUCAUACAACCGGACAGCAACCACGAACACAACCCCAUCAUCGCAUAAACAUAACAUGCCACCUUCGAAUCCAGCAUCCCAACAACAAAACACCCGCUCGCCGUAUAGUAGCCCUAUGUUGAACUCGAUCUCUUCGGAUGCGUACGGGCCACCGAAUUCACAAAUCCCAUAUCAGCAGCCACCAAUAAAUUCUCACCAUAAUGGUACUUUUCAGCUUAAUCCGAAUGCGCCACCUUUUCAUCCUGCAUAUUCGUACCAUCUGCAUGAUAUCCCAUCUUAUGUUAAUGCCCCAAUGUACGAUGGAUACUGUCCGGCCAAUGCUUACGACUAUCAGUUUUCGCAAGAGAUUCCAAUGUUCACUCCGUAUAUGGAGCCACCGAUAGCAAAUGAUGAUCCGGAAGCACUGAGUGCAGAACUAAAUUAUGGUAAUAAUUUUGGAUAUUACGGACUGCAGGCUAACCUUUCACCCGCUCUCUGCGAACGGAUGCUGUGUAGUGAACGAGCCAAAGAAUUACAGGAGAUACAAGUCGGUUUGGAGCAGUUAAUAUUAGAACCAGGUGAAUUUGAAACCUGGUCGAAUGCUAUCAGGGAGCGUACUACCAAUCCAUUAUUCAAAACUGACGCGCUGAAAAUAACAGUUGAAAUGAUUAUUCAAUUGGCAGCUUUUACUUCAUCGUCACAGACUGUACAAUAUAAUUUGGCAAAAUUAUGUUCAUUUUUGUGCCGUGAUCUACAUUCUUUCCAAGAUGACAUGAUUGCUAGCUUAUUAUGCUUUCACGAGGAACAAAGAUCUAAUCUCAGUGAUCAGCAACGAAAGAAUCUUUUGCUGUUUUUUGCAGAGAUUUAUGAAAAACUGGAAUCGAAAAAUGGUUCACAGAUGCAAACCUUUGAGAACGCGCUACUGGACCAAAUCAAGGAGGUCUUAGUGGCUGAUCGUUUGGAUGAUUCGAAAGUUAAAGUGGUGGUGGAAGUACUUAAGCUUACUGGUCGUUAUUUGGAUAACGGUGGAGGAACCUCAAAAAUUAACGAGAUUCUCACACAGCUGAAUGCUAUUGCUAAAGCGCAUCCAGCUAUCAGCGAUUCAGUGAAGGAACAAAUACUAAGUUUGAACACAUGGCGUGAGAACAAAUGGGAUGCAAGGAAUUUUCCAGCUAACAGAGAAGGGAAACUAGCGACUGACCACUAUCGUAAAGAAAAUGACCAGGGCUUGACGCCAUCUUGUUCAUCCAGUUUCAUCAUUGGUCCCGACGGUCAACCGCUAACAGAAGAAGAACGAGCCUUCCUGGAAGAAAGUUUCCGUAAACUGGAUAAUAAUGACACGAUCUUAGAUAAUGAUGAUGUGAGCGAUGAGUAUGACGAAUUUUUAUCGACAGUCGCUAAUGAAGAAGCCAAGAAACGUGUGGCAGAAAUGGAAAUGGUUGAAAUAGAAAAGCAAAUGGCAAAAACCAAACUGAAUGGUCGGGGUGAAAUUCCUCCAAAUCGGGAUGAAAAUGGCAAAGAUACGGCAACAUAAAGAAGGGAUGAAAAAGAUUGAUAAUCAGGUUAUGGAAGUUUUUGUGGAGCAUGGGUGGGUUGUAAGGUAGUUUUUUUCGAAAUUUUAGUAGAAAGUUCGAAUUAUUGUCACUGGAAUGGUCUUUAUAUAU